GUGUUCUCAUAUCUUCAAUUCAAUUCCAAGAACAAGUAAGGUCAAAACAUCCGUCACUUCCCUUCCAUUAAAUUCCUCUUGACCGUUCAUUCUCCAAAUUCCCAAUCAUCCUCCAUCCCACACCCAUCGCCCAUCACCGUUCGACCAAGCACCAUGGAAUCCAUCCUCGGCGGCGGCGGCAACGUCCCUACAACCGCAGGCGGCGUUGACCUCACCAAGCUCUCCGACACCGAUAAAGCCGAGCUUCGCCAAUUCAUCCAAGCGGAGAGCCAAAAAGCCUCCCUCCAACAAUCAAUACACAGCCUCACGGACCUCUGCUUCCGCAAAUGCAUCACCGCGCGGAUCGCGAACGGGAAGCUGGACAAGUAUGAGGAGCCGUGCAUGACCAAUUGCGUGGAGCGGUUUCUGGACGGGACGCAGUUGAUCGUGAGGCAGUUGGAGCAGAUGAGGAGGUAAAAAGGCAUACGCAGGAGAUGUUACGGUGGAUGUGGAGGUGAGAGUUGGGGACGAGAGAACUGUGUUCCUGGGCGAAAAAGCAUGGGAUUGGAUCUGUAUCGAUAUGGGAUCUAGGGAAUAUGGGUCAAGGAGGCUGCAUUUGGUGGGUUCUCGGGCUUUGUACGAUCGACCGGAGGGAUUGAGGGUUGUGUACGAUUACGAGCGAGGCUGAAGGGUUCGGUACUUGUAUAGAGUUUGGACUUCGAAGUGGUGUGUAUAGUAGUGUUCAGUUUGGAUGUGUUCGACCUCGGUCGAUGCGGAAGGAAUACAUCAAGCGGCAUCGACGCAAGCAGCAGAGACACGAGGAGCAUUAUUCUGAAGCUGGCAAACAUGGUG